UCCCAGGCACUUUCGAAUCACGGUCUCGUCCUCUUCCACACUCUCUGACUGCCUCGCUUUCUCUUUUCCUGUGCGCCUGUGAAGGAAUCGACUCUGAGAUUACUGCUAGAGGAAGGUCUUUCAGAUUUCCUCUCAGUGAAGCUGGGACGUUUUCUUCUCCUUGCAAGUGGGUUCUGUUACAGAGGCUGACAAGGCUUGCGUACAUCAUUUUUUUAAUCAUCUCAAAGAGCAUUACCCAACCUGCAAGAGUGAACUGCUUGAAUAUUCGAUGUGUACAUCAAUCAGAGUAUAGCUAUUAUCCCCCCCCCCCCCCUGGAGUGGCUACAGUCUUGCAUCCUAGGGCACCAUUAUCCCCAAUUGAGGACUAUCCAAUUCAAUCUCACAACCUGAAAAUUUUGAAGCAGCUUGUGCAGGAUUAAAAGAAAUGGGAGCUUUUAAAUUGGCACUACGCUGUCCACAGAAAGUGCAUGACAUUGUAGUUGACCCCGAACCCAAUUGGAGUUUCGAGUCUCUUUCAUCAGAGCUCCAUUCACUUGAAAAGAAGCUCCAUGACUCGUGUUCAGUUCCUGUGCCUUUCACCAAAGUUCAAUCUCGAGAGUUUUGGAACAGGAAGGGUGUGAAGAGAAGUCCCAUGGCCUUUGUCAUGAGCUUGUCCAAUGAAGAGACUGAGCUUUCAGAAAGCGAGAGGGAGGAGGAUCAUGAUCUAAGUAUGGUGACUGCAAAACGGUUCAAUUGCGAUGAUCUUUAUAUGAGUGACAGUGACAGUUCUGAUUAUGAGUUAGCUUUCGAUGCUCAGUCCUACUUGAUGGAUGAAGUAGGGUUAGUUGAAAGUGCUCUUUUUGAGCGAAGUCACGAGCAUCAUCUUCAAGUGCAGCAGGAGGAUAUCAGGAACCAACUUUCAGCAAUAGAGACAGAAUUAAUGACUGAGCAGGAAAAAUCUGCAUCUGCAUUUGCUCGAAUUGAGAAGUAUAGGGAAGCAAGGAAGGAACUGGAAAGAAAACUUGAUACUCACUAUCAACGCAAAAUUGCAGAGGCACUUGACAAUCAUUUAACUGCCAUUCAGCGAGAUCAUGAACUAAAAUCACAAAUAGAAGAAAGGAGAAUAAGAAGUGAUGCAGCUCAUGAAGAGGCCAAGAGAAAGGAAAGGGCUUUUCACGAGGAAAGAUCACGGCAAGAAAGAGCUAGAGCAGAAGCAGAGGCCAAACUUAGAUUUGAGGAAGCAAAAAUGGCUGCUGUAGAAGCAGAGAGGAGAGCAGCAAAGGAAGCGGCUGAAAAGGAAGCUACUGAAGCCUCAAAAAGGAUAGAUGCUGUAGCCUCGCAACAGGAGGCUGCCAAACCCCAACUAAGUGCUGACUCUUCAAAUAUGAACCUUCAACCCCAGGGGUCUGGAUCUAAUAGAACUAAGAAAUCACAAACAACAGGUGAUGUUGUGAGGGCUGCACAAACUGCUCUGACUUUAGAGCAGGGAAGAUUGCUAAAGCUUAAAGAGCUUGAAGAAGCAAACCGGACAUUGAUAAUGACUUCCAAUAUGGAUUUUAGCAACCACGAGAGGCAUAUUUCUAGGCUGAUCAGACAAAUAAGGGGGAUAAAAGAGAACGUUAGAGUUAAGGCAAGUGAGCUUGUUAAGAUUUUAAAGAAUCCUUCCUGUCCUCAGUCAAUCAGUGUUGCGGCAUUUGCAAAGAAGGUUGUUUCCCAUUGUGAAAGUCCUGAUAAUGCUGUUUUUGCGUGUGGACACGUCAUUGUUCUUGUUACUUCACAGGUCCCACAAGCAAUGGAUCUUCUUCUUGCUGAGUUCCAUAGAGCUUGCAUCUACACUGUCCCAAAGCACAUAGUGUACUCAAAGUCGGCCUUUGAAUCAAAAGAGGCUUACUAUAAAGACAUUGGACAUCGAGAAGAUGGUGGGAAGCUUGAGAGUGUGAAGGAUUAUUUGAAACGGUUAGAAUCUUACAUGAAACUGUAUGGGGCUCUGGUUCAGACAGAAGUGCAGGGUGUCCCAAACAUUCAUGGUCCAAAAGAAGGUUGGGCAUGGCUUGCGAGGUUCUUAAAUGUUCUCCCUGCCAAUAUGUAUACUGCUGUUGCAUUGAAUGCCUUCCUGCAAACAGCAGGAUUUGUUCUCUUCAGAAAAUACAAAUCUCAGUUUACGAAGAUGCUCCACAUAAUCUUAAAUGACUUUCUAAAUGCAUUGAGAGAACGGGAGGAUUCAGAACUAAAUCCAAUAAUUCUAGAAAUUCAGUCUUACAUAGAGGACAAUAAGUUCCUCCAGGAGCCUGAAGGAAGGAGCUUGCAGGGUCAAUUGCUAUCUAGUGUCAUGGUACCCGAGUCAGAACCAAGUAGAGGUUACUACUAUUGACUGACAUGCUAUUAAGUUAACAAGGGACAAGAAAGUUUUAGUUAUUACUGCUAAAGAUUAAUUCAAUCAAGCAUACUUCUAUCAAAUGACCUCCAGUUUAGGUACUCAACUAAUCGGAAGAUAAUCUAUCGUUGAAUGUAUUGGAACCCCCGGACAGCCAAUGCGAAAGCCCCCCAUCUUGCAUUGAUGCUGAUUUAUCAUCUUGAGAACAUUUAACAGAUGUAUACCCUGAGUGAUAUCGCUACUCAAUCAAUUCACUAUGCUGCUCGGCCUUCACCCCGGACAAACAAGUGUGAUUUGGUAGAUAAAUCCAUCUGAAACAAGGGAUGUCCAUCAAGUCUGUAUUUCUUAGUGGUAGGGGAAACUUCUAUGCUCCCAAGGGUAGAACACCUGCACUUAAGAUCCCAGUCGUAACCCGCAAUUUCAUAUGAUUGAUCUGUACCUUCUUGGAGUUAAAAUGCAAUUAGAAAUUUGACCCGAA